GGUGCGCGCGCGCGGCGGCGCUACAGUCGCACUUCUGACGCCAUUUUCACACAGACCACGAGCUUUCCCGCAACCUGAUCACCAAGCAUCCCCCGCAGCGAUAACGUUGCGGGACACGAAGUCUUCUUCAGCUACGGUGCCCACCGCACGUGCUGAAAUUACUCAGAUUUAUCUAAAUACUUUAAAAUACAAGUGAUCUUUUCGCCCAUGACGCUUAUUCAAAGGAACGAGGGUGUGCCCGAUAGCAUGGACGGGCCAGCCAAAGAAGAUCGAAAGUCCUCGCGACCUGUGAGGAACAGACGACAUACACGGCGAUGUCUCGUUUCUGGCCAGCGUCCCCAGAAAAGACUUUUUACACCAGAAAUUAAACGCUACUUAAAGGAUUGGCUUGUUAGACGGAGGGAAAACCCUUACCCUAACCGUGAGGAAAAAAAGAUUUUAUCUCGAGAAACAGGACUGACAUAUAUACAAAUUUGUAACUGGUUCGCAAACUGGCGUAGAAAACUGAAGAAUGUCAAUGCUGAAAGAAACCAAUUAACUUGGGGUCACCUAAUUCGUACUUACAAUGAUCGUGCGCAAGGGAAUGUUGAGCAGUUCAGCAUCUGUUCCGAUGACAGCAUUUGGAGUGAACAAGAGUCAAUAUCGCGCCGUGAAUCGAGUGAAAACAACGAACAGGAAAGUCCUGAUAUAAAAACGGACGACUCAGGAUCUACAGCGUCAUUUGAUCAUGGUUUCAAUAACAAUUGUAAUGAGAUUGAUCACACGAAUUUUUCCAAUUGCUCAAUUGAAAAGACAAACAGUCCCGUGUUAUUAACUAAAUGGUUGGAGAGCGCUGCUCGAUUUAAGCCAAGUGAAACUAACUAUUCCUGGUGGCCUGAAGGGAGGCGAAAAAAAUCCGAUUCAAAACUGCGUAUGACCAUAAACAAUUUUGAACAUGACAGAGAUGAAGUAGAAGCCGCCGUAGCACUUACCACUUUAGCUUCCAGCCGUAUAGGAGCAUAACGACAUAUAUAAUGUAAAUGUAUAUAAAAUAUAUUUAUUAGAUUAGAUUUUGUAAACGGAUGGGACCAAGACUAAAGCUCAUGGUCCGUACUAUCGAUACGCCCACAAGCAAUUGCUCAAUAGUAUUAAUAUUCUUUCGUUUUUGCAUAUCAAUGAUAUUUUGCAAUAACAGAUGCUUUUGUAUAAUUUUCAGGCAUAAUUUUAUAAUUUAGGUUAUUGAAAGAAUUAUAUUUCUUCGAUCUCUUUUAGGCUGGCUGUAAACC